AGUCUUCACUGUGGCCUUCCUAGAAUAGAGUGAUCCUGUUCUUGCUCUGGUAUAUAGUUGGCUGUCAUUUGACUUUUAACCAUGGUUGUUCAGUUUUGUUUAGCUUUGUUAGCGUUCUCCUCUCUGACUGCUGCAGCGGAUCCAGAAUGUGAAGAGCUGGUGAAACCUCUGGAGGAGCGAAGCCAGAUUUCUGGAAAAUGGAUAUUCCAUGUUGGAACAUCAGACAACAAAGACUUCCUGAAGGAAUUUAAAACUAUCACUAGCUCCUGGAUUGAACUCUCACCCAUACCUGAUAGUGAAGACAUGACCCUCCGCUGGGCAGACAAAAUGAUGGAUGGAAAAUGUCAUCUUGGAAGCACUAAUUGCACCUUCACAGGAAACUCCACCAAGGCGACAUUCCACUUUAACUCCACCACUUAUGAGAAUGUUGGGAGGCACCUGGUGACCUGCCCUGACUGCCUCCUCUGGACAGAUGACUCAGUGAUGAAGGGCAAAAACGGGGAUACCAAAAAAGGCAGAAACCUCUACCUCUUAACAAAGUCUGGGACAUUGGAUGCCUCUCAUCUGGAACACUUUAAGAAACAGGCUGCGUGCCUCAACUUUCCACCAGAAUUCCACUUUGGAGAAAACAAAGACCUGUGCCCUGAUGCCACAGAUGCAAAGGAGGAAGAACAAUAGAGCAACACAUGUUGACGCAACUGUAGUCACCUGCACCUCAAAUCCUGAUACCUGAGUCCUCCAUGAGUCAAAUUUGUAUUCAAGUAUGCUUGUUACAGAUGUCUUGAUAUAUAUGAAUGAAGAGAACAGCUUUUUUCAUGCUGCAAAGGGAGACAAGAUGGAUUAUAGCUUUUUAAAGUUUGUUUCUGCCUUGUAAAAACAAAGAACUACUUACCUGUUGAAGUUAGUUGAACCAAAUAGACUGAUUUCACAUUUACUGUCAGAUUCAUGAAUCAUGAUGGAUGCUACUAAAAUGCCUUUUUUCUUUUAUGCAUAUAAAGCUUAACAAAAGGAAA